AAGCACACUUCCCUUUGCAUUGGAAUUGUCUGUUUACUUCGUCUGUCUCCUCCGCCGGACAGGGAGCUACCCUUCGGCAGAGACCCCGAGUGUUUUGUUCAGGGCUGUAUCCCCAGCUCCGGUAACAGUGCCUGGCAUGUUAGUGGUCACUCAGUAAACACUGAGGGAACGAAUGCAUUUUUCUAGAUGAUGCCCGUUUGCUUUGCAAAAAAGGCUGUGGCACUGCACAGUCAGCAACCACGUGCAGAAGUCCAUUGCUCUUCCCCGUCCCCGAACUGUGUAUUGUCCCUUUCAUUCCCACGUUCUUUGCGAGUUACCUUCCGGGCGAAGGCACCCCCUUCCCAAACCCGAGGAGGUGGCAGUAUCGGAACGUCAGGUGUCCAGACUCGCGGCGCGCGGCGCCAGGGGGCGCCAGAGGCGGGCUACCGUGCCGCGUCGAGCUGGCUGGAGCUCGGGUCCCGAAGGGGGUCCCGCCUAGUCCGGGGUUCCCGGCGCCCCGCCCCCGGCAGCCCGCAGCCGGGUGAUGAGUGCAGCCCCGAGGCCCAGAGCCCGAGCGGCCCCUCCCGGCUCCCAGCGCCACGCGGCGCGAGCCCCGCCAGAGCACGGCGCACCUGCUUGGGGCGUGGCCUCCGGCGAAGGCGCGCCUCGAUUGGCGCGGAGGUGACAAAGGGGCGUGGCCGUAGUCGGCCCCCGCCCACCCGCGGCUGGCGUACUUAAGGCAGUUGGCGGCCAGACUCCACUCACAGCGCAGCUGCACGGCCUCGCGUGUGGAGGGUCUUGGUAUCCCAGCACGACCCGGCUCCCCCCGCUGCUUCGGCCACCAUGCCGCGCUCUUUCCUCGUCAGGAAGUCCGCCUGCUCCCGCCGGAGACCCAAUUACAGUGAGCUCCACGACUCUUCUCCAGAGUUCACUUUUCAACAGCCCUAUGACCAGGCCCACCUGCUGGCAGCCAUCCCGCCACCCGAGGUCCUCAAUCCCACGGCCUCACUGCCUACGCUCAUCUGGGACUCUCUCCUGGCACCCCAAGCCCAGCCGAUUGGCUGGGCCUCUCUUCUGCCCCAGGAGAUCCCCAAGGCCAUCGAGCUGACCUCCCUGUCUGACGAGGACAGCGGGAAAGGCUCCCAGCCCCCCAGCCCACCCUCACCGGCUCCUUCGUCCUUCUCUUCCACCUCAGCCUCCUCCCUGGAGGCCGAGGGUUAUGCUGCCUUCCCAGGCUUGGGCCAGUUGCCCAAGCAGCUGGCUGGGCUCUCCGUGGCCAAGGACCCCCAGUCUCGCAAGGCCUUCAACUGCAAAUACUGCAACAAGGAGUACAUCAGCCUGGGUGCCCUUAAGAUGCACAUCAGAAGCCACACGCUGCCUUGCGUCUGUAGCACCUGCGGGAAGGCCUUCUCCAGGCCCUGGCUGCUGCAGGGCCACGUCCGGACCCACACUGGCGAAAAGCCCUUCUCCUGCCCCCACUGCAGCCGCGCCUUCGCUGACCGCUCCAACCUGCGGGCCCAUCUCCAGACCCACUCGGAUGUCAAAAAGUACCAGUGCAAGACGUGCUCCAGAACCUUCUCCCGAAUGUCCCUGCUCCACAAGCACCAAGAGUCAGGCUGCUCAGGGGGGCCCCGCUGACUCUAAAGGCUCCUUGCACCUCUCCGGGCCCUACCCCAACUCCAGAAGGAAGGACCCGGCAUCCUUCUCGCUGCCACAGAGUUCCCUCCUGAGCUCCGCCUUCUGGCUGCGUUGGCCCCCCAGGACUCUGAGGACCACUUCCCAGUCCUCUGCUCUGAGCGCCCCACCGGGCUCUGAGGGGGGCCUUUCUUUGGACAGCUGAUGGGAGGGUGGCUUGCAGCAGAGACCCCCUCCUGGCAGCCGCUGCUCCAGAGUGUUCUGGAGUUGGCCUUUCUGCGUGGGUUUGUGUAUCCAGAGCUGUUUGGAUACAGCUGCUUUGAGCUCCAGGACAAAAGCCAGCAGACUGAUGAGAAGCUCCCACCCCACUCAGGGGACCCCAGCCUCCCCUACAGGAACCCUCAGGCCACCCCCUCCAGAAGGUGCAACUUAACUAUGCAAACACCCACCCCCAGGUGCACUCGCGGGGGUGGGCCCUGACACAAGGACAGCAUCUAGACCCCAGGAUGCCCCAGGGCCUGGGCAGCUAUUUCAGCCUCCUGUUUGUCAUGGUGGCACCUGUUUCACGGGCAAUUUAACAACAUCUCCAAAGGGACUGUGAAUAAUUGCCUUCACUUGUCCGGGGCCCAAGUGGGGUGCUUCGGCUCCACUGAUGUGUCUCCCGGAACUAUUUUCGGGGGCCCGACAGGUGGGCCCGGGAGGAAGAUGUUUACAUUUUUAAAGGUACACUGGUAUUUAUAUUGCAAGCGACAUUUUGUACUAAGGAAACGUUUUGUAUAGUUAUAUGUACGGUUUAUUGAUAUUCAAUAAAGUGGUUAAUUUAUACAUAAAAAA